AAAAUAUUAAUAGUGAGCGUGCAUAUUUGAGUGGAUAGAUCAUCCCUGAGGAGGAUUCUGUAUAAUAACCUGCUGGAUGGGAUCCAAUCAGAACUUGCUUUGCUGCUAUGUAACUCGGUUCAGGCUGUGGCAACUGCUUUGAUAUUGUUUAGGAAUUUUAAAAGAGUAUUAUUUUUAUAAAAUAUACCGUUACUGUUUAUAGUAUUGCCCGCCUUUGGAUCUGAGCCAAGUGUGUGUGUGUGUGUUUUCAUUCUCCGUUUCCUUCCAGCCGCCGUUAUUAGAGUCAGUGUGAUCAUCAUUCAGGAAACAAAUAGCGAUGAGUGACACAGGUGCAAAACCCAGCCAGCCUUUAGCUGUAAAACAGGAUAAGGAUGUCACACCAAAAAGAGGACGCGGCAGACCCAGGAAGCAACCCCAAGAACCAACUGGUGCUCCAACUCCAAAACGACCACGAGGAAGACCAAAAGGAAGCAAGAACAAAGUUACUUCUAAAGCUGGUAGAAAAUCUGGUGGUGCCGGAGGAACAAAGCCCAGAGGUAGACCCAAGAAACUGAAAGGUGAAACGUCAGGAACAAAAAAACCCAGAGGUAGACCAAGAAAAAGGGAAAAGGUGGAACAGGAAGAAGAGGAGCAUGCUUCACCAGAAUCCUCAGAAGAAGAUCAGUAAACUUGCAAGACUGGCACUACCUCAUUCAACAAAUGGCUCCUGUCAUUAGCUGGACUAAAAAUCUUCUCACACUGUUUUCAUCAAUGUAGUCUUAACAGGGGACUGCAACAGCACUGGAACACUACAGGACUUUUUUUCCCUUUUAGUGCAGUUCAAGGUAUUUCAAAGAAAUUAACAAUUAAUAAAUGAAGUCUCGAUCUUCAAAUUCACUUCAUUUUUUUUCUAAUUCAAGCCUCUAAGCAUUAGGUCUUCAGGUUAUACCAGCUAAUAGGGCCAUGCCAAUGAACAAUUUUGUUCUACUACAUAUCAUAUAUUAGGGAUUUGUUAUGUUGCGGACAAUUCACAUAGAAUACGUACAUGACCUUGGCUAACAUGAUGACAAUUGUAAUGACUGUUAUAAUGGUACACCCAAAAGCAGCUCUUUAAACAUGCUGUUGUUAUAGAAUGUCAACCCAUGCACAACAGUGGAAUUCCAUACUAGAUGAUAGAAUGAACAUUGCCCACAAAAUCAAAAUGGCUGCUUUACUGACAGCUCAAACUAUUCACUUUGUAUUUACUUUUCUUUCAUUUUUGUUUAUGGUAUGGCUUAGA